AAAAAAAUUUAAAAAAAAAACAGAGUUUGCAACCAAACCAAAAUUAUCUUUUUCUCUCUCAUUAUUAUUUCUUAAGUACUUAAUAGCCACUUGAAGAACAAAAUCCUCUCCUUCUGUCUGUCACUUUCUCUCUUUCUGAAAAGUUUUAAUCUUCUGGAGAAAGCAAAAGAAUGUCCAUCUGCAUCAAUUCUGACUCCUCCUAACCAGAACUAUACUGUUGUCUUUUCUAGCUCGAGAAGAGUAGGGGAACGGGAAACACAGGGCAACGUCCAAGGGGAAAGACUGGGAUGGGAGGGGUUACGUCUUCAAUGGCGGCAAAAUUUGCCUUCUUUCCACCAAACCCACCUUCCUAUAAGCUCGUUACGGAUGACCUCACCGGUCUUUUGCUUCUCAGUCCCUUCCCUCACAGAGAAAACGUUGAGGUACUGAAACUGCCCACGCGCCGGGGUACAGAGAUUGUGGCUCUUUACAUCAGGCAUCCCAUGGCCACUUCCACUAUUCUUUACUCUCACGGGAACGCUGCCGAUCUGGGUCAGAUGUAUGAGCUCUUCAUUGAAUUGAGCAUCCACUUGCGGGUCAAUCUAAUGGGGUAUGACUAUUCAGGAUAUGGGCAAUCAUCUGGAAAGCCAAGUGAGCAGAAUACAUAUGCAGACAUUGAAGCUGCAUAUAAAUGUCUUGAAGAAAUUUAUGGUACAAAACAAGAAGAUAUCAUACUUUAUGGACAGUCUGUUGGAAGUGGCCCAACUUUGGAUCUUGCUGCUAGGCUGCCUCAGUUAAGAGCUGUUGUACUGCACAGUCCCAUACUCUCGGGCUUAAGAGUCAUGUAUCCUGUAAAGAAAACAUAUUGGUUUGACAUAUAUAAGAACAUCGAUAAAAUUCCACUGGUCAAUUGUCCAGUUCUUAUCAUUCAUGGAACAUCAGACGAAGUUGUUGAUUGCUCCCAUGGCAAGCAACUCUGGGAACUGUGUAAAGAGAAGUAUGAACCGCUUUGGGUGAAAGGAGGGAACCACUGUGAUCUAGAGCAUCAUCCUGAGUAUAUCAGGCAUCUCAAGAAGUUCAUCUCAACCGUUGAGAAAUCUCCUUCACAGAGGUACAAUUCCAGGAGAAGUACAGACCAAUUUGAGCAGUCUCGGAAAAGUACCGACAUUUUUGAGGUGUCAAGGAAGAGCACUGAUAGAAGAGAGAAACCAAGGAAAAGCACUGACAGGCCCGAAAAGCUGAAAAACCAGUCCAACAACAUGGAUAAGCUAGAAAAAUUAAGAAUAACGUUUGAUCAAUUGGAAAGGUCUCGAAGGAGUGUGGAUUGCCAUGAGAAGUCCCGGAAAAGUAUUGAUCACCAGCUGGAAAGAGCACGGAAAAGUGUUGACCGGUUGGAUAGAAUACGAACAGGGUAACAUUUCUUGAAGACAAUGUAAAAUUAUCCAAGUGUUUGGUGUUGGUGGGAAUUAAUUUGGUUUUCUUUCUUUUUCCAAUUUAUGAUGGUGUUGGGGCUGUGUAGUUUGGCUUGUCCUAUCUCUUAUCAUAAUACUAUGGCAAGAAAUGAUAUAUGAGUUC